AUGCGCGUGACAAAGGGCUGUGCUCGUUGUCGCCAUCGUCAUGCUCGCUGUGUGGUUCCUGCCGGUGCUUCAUCCUGCUCUCGCUGCACCCGCCUAGAUCGACCCUGUCAUCUCGAGCCGCGCUUUCAUUUUAAGCCAGUGAGCUAUAUAUACCAGCAGUGCGAUAAUGCGCCGGCCCGCUUCGACCUCGUUUGGGACGAAGAGCAGGUCUGGGUCGGGGUCUCACGGCCAGUGACCUUCGUACGCGAGACGGACAACUUCAGACGUGAACCCUCCGAGCCGAACGAUAACGACCGGGUCCUUGAGCAAUCAUAUUCGCCGCCAGACGAUAGCCAACUGAUACUCCCAGAAGUGGUGGAAUCCAUUCCAACCGAUACCCUUUCGAACGACUCUCCAAGUCAAGGGUCAAAUGAUGCCUCGACACCGACUCCACGAGAAGCAUACUUGAUCCGCUCCUAUAUCCAAAAGAUCGCAGCCGUGCAUCAGGCGGAUAUAUGUGACCCCCAAUCCCACUUUAGCACAGAAGUCCCACGCCGAGCACUAGACGAACCGAUGCUCCUCAAAGCUCUCUUAGCACUUGCCGCCCGACACGACGCCAUACUAACAGAUCACAGCGACUGUGAAGCGUCAUCUUUCCACGGAGAAUGCCUACAACUUCUCAUCGUCGCCCUAAACCAACCAGAAGAAACCUACGAUGAUAACCUCCUCAUCACCGUAGUCGUACUCCGUUUCUACGAAGAACUCGAACGGGUAACAGACCGAAAAUGCCACCUCCUCGGAUCCAACCGCCUCCUCAAUCUCAUGUCUCGGUCUGCGUCGUCGGGGGGAUUAGCCGAGGCAGUGAGUUGGCAAUUCCUACGUCAGGCUAUUUACUCUUCUAUAGCACAGUAUGAACCGAUACAGUUGGAUUUGCGCAAUUAUGAGCGUUCGUCGGUCUUUCAUCGUGAUGAUGAUGCGGCUCUCGCGAAUGCUAUUAUAUUUUUCUGUGCGCGCAUUGUUCAGCUAUGUUGUGCUGUGCCUGGGUAUGCGAUUGAUCGGAAGGAUUGGCGACAAUUGGCAGAUUGUGUGCAGGAGUGGCAUUGUAAUAAGCCGAGGAGUUGGCAGCCACUGCGAUAUCAACCUCCCAAUUUGUCUGCGGAUCAGCCAUUUCCUGAAUUAUGGAUCAUGUCGCCUCCUGCUGUGGUCGGUUUGCAAUAUUACCACGCAUCACGAAUAUUCCUCACAUUAUCGGACGCACCGUCGCAGCGAAUGACAGACUAUGAAAUGUCACGAGCCCGACUGAUCGCAGAGACCACGGUUGCCAACCAUCUUGUAAUGGCCAUCGGACUGUCAUUAUCAAAUGAAAGCGUUCAGAACAGCUACUUUAUUGCCUCUCAUUUGCUCCAACGCUUUGGAUAUUGUCUACGGCAGCCAGCUGAACAGCGAGGAGCACUGCGAUUUUUGUCUCGCGUAGAGAAGAACCUUGGGUGGCGUACCUCGUGGAUGGGGCGAGAAUUAGAGCAACAGUGGGAAGAGCGGGCUGUCUUGAACACCGAGGUUAAUUGA